AAAAAGAGAGAGAGAGAGAGCGCAACAGAAGGAGGGAGAGCAGCAGCAGCAGCAGUAAGUGUGUGUGUGUGUGUGCCUGCACGUCACCGUGAGUGUGUGAGUGUGUGUGUGUGUUGUCCUGCCUGUAUCUCCUUUCCCAUCUGGCCUCCAUCUGUGUGUGUGGCUGAGGGAAGCAAGCUGACUGCACUCCACAUAUGUGGGAAGCCUCACACAUGCCCAGCAUAUGAAGCCGAGCGCAGGAGCGGACAGCGGAGAAAAGAAGAAGGAGCGAUAGAGAGAGAGAGAGAGAGAAGGAGAGAGAGAGAGCAAGAGAGGGAGACCAACACACACUGCCGCGUGCGUAGUCACACUCCAGAGAGAGCGGACGUGAACGGACACGCAGCAGCAGCCAUCGCAACUCUUUUGGAAUAAACCAGGCACUGAUCGGACUACCUUAGGGAGGAGACAGUGGAGAGAAGAAGGUCUCUGCCAUGCCCGGUUCUCCUGUGGAUGUGAAGACUCAUUCCAGACCGGCCGCCUCCGCCAUGCCUCCUCUGCCCUCCGUCAACCCCAGCGGCCCCCGGCCGGCCUCCUUCUCCACCACAGCCUUGACCAACGGGAUGAACCACUCCCCGCCCACCCUCAACGCGGUGCCCUCCCCUCCCCAGCGUUAUAGCAACGGGCCCUCCUCGUCCUCUUCCUCCUCGCUGGCCAAUCAGCAGCUCCCGGCUACCUGUGGCGCGCGCCAGCUCAGCAAGCUCAAGCGCUUCCUUACCACGCUGCAGCAGUUCGGCAACGACAUCUCGCCCGAGAUCGGAGAGAGCGUGCGAAACCUCGUGCUGGCCUUGGUGAACUCCACGGUUACCAUUGAGGAGUUCCAUUCCAGACUCCAGGAGGCAACCAACUUCCCUCUGAGGCCAUUUGUCAUCCCCUUCUUAAAGGCCAACCUGCCGCUGCUGCAGAGGGAGCUGCUCCACUGUGCGCGUGCGGCCAAGCAGACGCCGGCCCAGUACCUGUCUCAGCACGAGCACCUGCUGCUCAGCACCACGCUGCCCUCGCCCCCCGACUCCAGCGAGCUGCUGCUGGAGCCCAGAGACGACAAGAGACACAGCCCCAACAGGGGUAAGGAGAAUGGCUUUCACGAGCGCCCCCCGGCGGCCGCUGGGCUCGAACCUCCCACCAAACGCAUCUGCACCAUCAGCCCGGCGCCCCGCCACAGCCCCGCCCACCCGCUCCCCUUAGCCAGUCAGAUCCACCCGACGCCGCCGCCCCUGCAGCACUACGCCGUGGAUGACAUCGCCGCCCCGCCUCACAACCUCUACCGCGAGCCACCCCACACACACCGCAUCCUGGAGCUCAGAGAACUCAAAGACAGACCUCGCCUGCCAGGCACAAAUGGAGGCUACCGCGAGGAGUCUGUGGACCACCGGCUGACUGAGAGGGAGUGGGCAGACGAGUGGAGACAUCUCGACCACGUGUUGAACUGCAUCGUGGACAUGGUGGAGAAGACGCGGCGCUCGGUGAGCGUGCUGCGGCGCUGCCAGGAGUCCGACCGCGAGGAGCUCAACUACUGGAGGAGACGACUGAGCCUGAGCGAGCAGGAGGACCCCCGCAGCAAGACCAGUGGUGGAGGAGGAGUGGGGGGAGGAGGCCCCCAGGGGCCCGGGGCCAGCACCACCGCCACCACGGGGGCCCCCUUCUCCAAGACGCACAGCCCACACACGGCAGAGGGACUCAGCUCAGAGACCCAGAGGGACUUCGCUAACCACCCAGGGUCUGCCUACGUGCCCGAUGAGAUCUGGAGGAAAGCCGAGGAGGCGGUGAACGAGGUGAAGCGGCAGGCGAUGGGCGAGGUGCAGAAGGCGGUGGCGGAGGCGGAGCAGAAGGCCUUCGAGAUGAUCACGGUGGAGCGGGCCAAGAUGGAGAAGACGCUGGCCGAGGCCAAGAGGAAGGCCACCCAGGAUGCCAUCAGCGUCAUCAACGAGCAGGAGGACUCCAGCGAGUGCUGCUGGAACUGCGGCCGCAAGGCGAGCGAGACGUGCAGUGGCUGCAACGCGGCGCGCUACUGCGGCUCCUUCUGCCAGCACAAGGACUGGGAGCGCCACCACCUCAUCUGCAGCCCCAGCCUGCAGGCCAAGCCCAUGCCCAUGGCCGCCAUCGGGGCCCUCAUGCUGGCCAAGGCGGCCGAGGCUGCUGCCGGGGCCGCGGGGGCCCCCUCCUCCUCCAACAACAACAACGCCACGCCCAGCCCCGGAGGAGCAGGAGGAGUGGUGGAGAGAGAGAGGGAGAGGGAGAGGGAGAGGGAGAGGGAGAGAGAGAGGGAGAGGGAGAGGGAGCGGGAGAGAGGCAUGCACCAGGACAACAAGGCUGCCUCUGGUGCCUCCAGAGCCUCCACACCCUCCACGCCGCGCGCCUCCUCAUCCACACCGGAGGCCAAUGGACACUAA